ACUUGUUAAGUACAUUUAAAUACAAAAUUAAAACAUCAACUAGACAAAUGGAGGGUAAGAGAAGACAAGCAUAAUCAAAAAUAUAAUGUAAAAAUAAUCACUAUGGAUAAUAAGCUUAAGUUUAAGAAUGUUGAAAAUUUUCUCUCUAAAUUUCGUGAUCCACAAACUCAUCGUUUUCAUUCAGUUACUGCAUUAGACUUUCUUAAAUGUUGGCAACAUUACGAUACAGAUGGAAAUGGUUAUUUAGAAGGUGAAGAAUUAAAUGGAUUCCUACGGGAAUUCAUCACUAGUGUAAUACCUGAUGAAAUCGGCAGUGAAAUAAUAUCGGAAACAGCAAUGCAACAAUUAAUGACAGAAGUUAUGGAUGCAUACGAUGAAAAUAAUGAUGGACGCAUUGAUAUUAAUGAAUUAUGUCAAAUAUUACCUACUGAAGAAACAUUUCUAGCUUUAUUUCAAAUAGAUACUCCAUUAUCUUCCAGUGUGGAAUUUAUGCGUGUAUGGAAACAAUUCGAUACAGAUUUAAGUGGUUCAAUUGAUUCAAAUGAAUUAAAAAAUUUCUUGAAACAUUUAAUUAUCAUUUCAAAAGUUGAAGUAACUGAUGAAAAAUUAGAUGAAUAUACAGAAACACUAAUUAGAUUAUUUGAUCGUAAUGGAGAUGGUAAGUUACAAUUAAGUGAAAUGGCAAGAUUAUUAAGAGUAAAAGAGAAUUAUCUUAUUAAACCAUUAUUUAAUAAUAAUAAUUGUUUAGAUGAAAGAACAAUUGAUAGAAUAUUUAGAAAAUAUGAUACUGAUAAUAAUGGUGUAUUAGAAAAUGAAGAAUUAAUGGGAUUUUUAAAAGAUUUAUUAGAAGCUAAUGGUGAAGAAGUUAAUGAAGAAGGUUUAAAAAUUAUGAAAGAAGGUAUUUUAAAACAAUGGGAUAUUAAUAAAGAUGGUAAAAUUGGCCGACAAGAAAUUAAUGAUUUGAUUUUACAAACAGUUCAUAUAUUACAAGAAAAAGAACAUUUAAAGAAAUUCAAUAAUUUAUAAAUAAACUGGUUAAGAAUUGUCCUAUUGUUUUGCUUCUCUUAAUUAAUUUUGCUUUCUAUUCAUUAACAAUAAUAAUAACAAUAAUAAUUUAUCGAUGCAGUUUUAUUUGUGACGAGAAAAAAAAAGAAAAGAAAAAAGAAAAUCACAAUAAAUUAAUUCAUCUAGCCAAAUAAUUAUCUUUUGUUUAUUUUGACCGUUUUCUUACAAAUAGAAUGUAAUUCUUAAUAAA